GUUAAUGAAAUCUAUCUGUUAGUGAUAUCAAAAUCACUUCAGCUUAACUACUUUGAGGAAAUGAUUGAUGAGCAAACUGUGGUUAAUAGGAAGCAAUCGGCAAGUGAUCUUCAAAGUCGACUGAAGACGCGUAAACUACUCGGUGUUGGCGAGUUGGCGAGGGAUAAUGGUGACAUCUAUAAAUCGAAGAUUAGCCAACUCCUUGGCAUCAACGAGAAUUUGUACGUCAGAUUGCCAAGAGGAUUACUCUACUGGAACACGUUAACUGCUUUGUAUUUAUAUAUGUUUGGAAUCAUGGUCACACUUCGUUUAGACUAUGGUCUUGAAGUGAAGUCUGACGAAAGUACAUUCAUCGCAAGAAUCUAUGGCGCAUGUCUUAUUUCGUUCGGCAUUCUCUUCAGGUCUACUUGCUUAGAGCUGAGUUUCCUUCGGCGGUUAUAUCCAUUCUACGUCUCACUUAUAACGAAUCUCCAGGCUAUGUUUGUUAGACUGAGUUGCCACAAAACAAACGAAGCCUAA